AAAAGAAAUUAAUUUCUCAUAACAAGUGUCUAUUACAAGUCCUAACAUGUAGAGAGGAGAAUAAUGUGGUGGUGAAAUCAACAAUAUACUCGACCGCAUUCAUUUAGAAAGGCGUUAGGUUUUUAAUGUCGAUUCUAUUAUACAUGAUUUGAAUGACAUGAAAGAGUGCCAAACACAAUUUAGUAUGUCUUGCUUUAGCAUUUAAAUUGUCUGUUACAUAUGAUUUUAAUGACAUAAAAGAGCUUCGAACACAAUUUAGUAUUGUCUCACUUUAGCAUAUAAAUUGUCUUACAAUUGUUAUCUUUUGUAACUCUAUGUAGAUACAAACAAAAAUAAAAUAAAAAUAGGGAAGCUUAUGUUAUAUUCAUUUUUAUCUGCUGCCAGAGACUAAAGGAAAGGAUACCACUUUUUGAAUUGCUAUGUUGAGCAGAUUUGUCAUGCUGUUUCAUUUUUCUUUGACUUGUAUGUUUCAUAUGUUGUAAUACCAGACCCACACAUGGGGAGGUAAUCUUAAUUUUCAGUGGCAGUAUGCUACUUGCACUUCUCUUCCCAGCUAUUGAUUUAUGUGGAUAAUGAUGCUAUUGUCCAUAAUGAAAUCAUAAAAAUCUGUGAGGCCUGCCGUUUAUAUAUACAGAGGUGAUGGUCAAUUCCGUCUUCUUUUUACAGGUUGAAGGAAUAGAAGGCAUCAUGGCUGCUUAUGGUAGUGCUUUGAGGAACGUUGCACUUGCUGGACCCACUUUAUUCGGUCAAGUGAUCAACACUGCUGCAGAAAUAGCUGGUCGUUCGCUCUCCCAGGACAGCAGCAAGUAUUUUGUCUUGCUUAUUAUAACGGAUGGAGUCCUUACUGACCUCCAAGAAACUAAAGAUGCUUUGGUAAUGGCAUCUGAUCUACCCCUAUCCAUUCUUAUUGUUGGAGUGGGUGGUGCAGAUUUCAAACAAAUGGAGAUCCUUGAUGCUGACAAUGGACAUCAAUUGGAGAGUUCUACAGGGAGGAUAGCUACACGAGACAUUGUACAGUUUGUUCCAAUGCGUGAUGUACAUGGUGAGUUCUUACUUAAUUUGAUUUACUAUUUCAAAGUCUGUAGAAUAUUUUGGUUUAGAGUUUUGGCCACAUUUGGGCAGGACACAUACUAGAAUCUAGCACAAUUG